AUGGGAUGCUCAGAUUAUGUGGUAUGUGUUCAGGAUCCCAAGAGUUUUAUGGUCGCUUUUGACAAAGUUGUUCAUAUGGGAUAUGUCAGACGAAGUGAUCGAAAAAUAAUUUUCAUACCUUAUGAGGAAGGUUAUGAUACAAAAAUGAAAUUGCUUGAUAUAUUAAAUAUAAACGAGACCAAAUUUGUACCAAAUAUAUUGCUUAUAUUACCAGGCGAUAAAUCAGAGAACUGUGAUUUAUAUGAUUUAGUCACACACAAUUACGGUGGACCUGAUAUAGAAAGUAACCAACCUUAUUUAAUGGAUAAAUGGAACUCAUGCUCGCUUGAAUUUGAGAAAAAUGUAAACUUGUUUCCCAAUAAUAUGUCUAAUUUGAAGGGUAAAACUAUCAAUGUUGCUUCUUUUACAUAUAAACCUUAUGCGUUACUAGAUCUUGAUAAAUCUAUAACACCACUUGGUCGUGAUGGCACUGAAGUCAGACUAGUGGAUGAAUUUUGUAGGUAUGCAUGACAAUUAUUUACAUUAGUUAGGGCCAAUUUCAUCACUUGCUGAUAAAGUCCUUUAUAGUCCAUCAUAAACUUAUCUGCCAGAUAAAUUGCAAAUUUUGGUUUCAUAAGUCUCAGAUAGAAUUAUCAGUGACUUUUAAUUGUCAUAUAGCGUUAUAUGUUAGAUAACUAUCUGGUACUUUAUUAGCAAGUGGUGAAACAGGUCCUUAAUUAUUUAGAUAGUAUUAUUGUAGAUAUACAAAUAAUAUGUAAAAAUAAAAUUCAUGUAAACUAUUAUAGGUGGAUAAACUGCACAAUUGAACUAAUUGAAGAUGAUGUAAAUGCAUGGGGUAAGAUAUAUUCUAAUAGAAGUGGAAUCGGAGUCCUCGGGAAUGUUGCUAUGGAUAGAGCUGAUAUUGGUAUAGGGGUUAUGUGUUAUGGUAUAAGUAUAUAUUAAAUGUCUGUACAUUUUUGUUAAUAAAUCUUUAUUUUAAAUGUGCACCUACUCGCAUUGGUUUCCCCCACAACAUUCUAAGGUUUCAUGGUAAAAAAUGCCUAAGGCAUUAAGUCUGCCAUCGUACUUAAAAUGUGCAUAGAGUAUUAAAUAAAUAAACAAAUGAAUGUAACCUACAGUGUAUUUAUAAAAAUCGUUUCCAGGUUAUUAGAUGCAUGGAAAAUGCCCUUGAGACCUUUCACUUGGUUUAUGUGGAUAGUUUUAUUCUUCACUUUUAUAUAUGAGUCUAUUACGCUUAUGACUGCUCAAGGAUUCAUUUCAGACAAAGUAUUUCUAUCUACAUUUGGCAUGAUGUUAUCGCAGUCUCUACCUAAUGUUGGUACUACUUGGCGCAUUCGUAGCGUCACUGGCUGGGUGCUUAUCACUGGCCUGAUAAUAGACAAUGCUUAUGGUAGUGGUCUCGCAUCUGUGUACACCGUUCCUGAAUAUGAGAAAACUAUUGAUACAGCACAAGAUAUAGUCGAUGGAAACAUAGAGUGGGGAGCCUCUAAUGAAGCAUGGAUAUAUUCUCUCACUAGUUCUACUGAGCCAUUAGUGAAACAGUUGCUUCGACAGUUUCGAGUAUUUCCUCCGGAAGUAUUAACAAGGAAAAGUUUGAAUAGGUCUAUAGCCUUGUCUAUAGAAAGAUUGAGUUCAGGCAACGCGCGUCGCCUCUUGGAUGAAGUCGGGGCAUCACAGUUCCGGGAAAUCUCAUUCUAA